ACAUGGCCUUUCCCAUAUAGGAAUUUCGAUACCCAGCAUGCUACACGGAAGCGAAAUACCAUCCACGUUCAGUACUUACACAGUCCUUUUAGGUGUAGCCAGAAGCUUGCAUGCUUGUUUGUCCGUAAUGUCGGGUAUCCUCUGAACCCCGAGCCAAGCCAAAAAAAAAAGUUAAAACUCUGUUGCCGUCGAGUGGAUUCUAUUUCUGGUCGGUCUCUAGCGGACUCGUCAGUGAAACAGUCGAUCCUUCACUGUGUUAGAGUCUGGACUUUUUUUUUUUUCAGUCAUUGUCUUGUUAUUUUUUUCUUGGCUGCAUCCAUAUAAAAACCCAUCAUCACCCCUUUCUUUUCUUCUAUCAUCACAAUUCUACACAAUGACUGUUCGUCCAACUCUCCCUCACAGCAACAUAUCUAGCUCUCGAAUCAGCCGAAAAAUCACCCUCAAUGCUGAUGCAAAGCACAUCAACGUGCGUCCUGUGAUCAAAGGUGCCAUUAAUGAAGCUGGACACACUCUCGCCGAUGCCUACGCCAAUAAUCCUCUUCUUUCAUGGAUUGUCCACCCUCUCAAGGAAGAAUCAAAGCAACAUGACAUUCGAUAUCUUUUGUUCAAGGCCGCAGUGAAUUCUGCCAGUCUCCAAAGCCGGGAUUUCGCCAUCCAAGUUGAUGGAUGUAAAGGAGUUUGCGUCUGGUCAACCAAUCAACAACAAUUAUCGUUUGCCAAGGUUUUAGGAUGGAAAAUCACCAAGAUGGCCAAUUUGUCUGUGGCUAUGAGCAAGAAGAGAAUCAUGAAGACUGAACCUCACAUCUAUAUCAACUACAUGGGUGUUCUGCCACAAGAACGAAAUAAGGGCCUUGGUACCGCUUUGAUACAGCAUGUUAUUUCCAAAGCCGAGGAAGCACAUUUGCCCAUCUACAUCAUUGUUUCGGACAAAACAGCUGUUCCUUUCUUCGAAAAAUUGGGUUUCCAAGUGAAGGAAGUUGCUCAUUUCAACGAUAUAACCAGUACCAUGUUGGUCCGCCCAGUGGCUACUGCAUCAGCAUCACCAUGCCAAUUGAAGUUGAAGCCUGGUAGACGAGACUCAGAUGAUUCUUUGUAAAGAUGAUCAUACACCACUAUAGCAUAUACUCCAUAAUAAGCGCACUUUAAUAGAUUGUAUAUAACCAUGCCCGCAAAACAUCAUUUGAACCC